CGCAGCGCACAGCCUGCGGGUUAGGUUGUGAGGCUCAGGCCGGGGGUGGGGAGGAGUCGAAGGUUUUCGGAUCGAGCUCGGCGGCCGGGUGGGUCGGGGCGUUCGGCGCGCCCUUCACCGAAGCGGCAGUGGCCGGGCUGGGAGCAGGGAGUGGGAAGCGACGGCGCGGCUGGAAAAUGCCGGUCCAUUCCCGAGGGGAUAAGAAGGAGACGAAUCAUCACGAUGAGAUGGAGGUGGACUACGCGGAGAACGAGGGGAGCAGUUCCGAAGACGAGGACACCGAGAGCUCGUCGGUCUCGGAGGAUGGGGACAGCUCAGAAAUGGAUGAUGAAGAUUGUGAAAGGAGAAGGAUGGAGUGUUUAGAUGAGAUGUCCGACCUGGAGAAGCAGUUUACAGACCUCAAAGAUCAACUUUAUAAAGAGCGGUUGAGUCAGGUGGAUGCAAAACUCCAAGAAGUCAUAGCUGGAAAAGCACCAGAGUAUUUGGAACCGCUGGCCACCUUACAAGAAAACAUGCAGAUUCGCACAAAGGUAGCAGGAAUCUAUAGAGAACUCUGCUUAGAGUCUGUGAAGAAUAAGUACGAAUGUGAAAUCCAGGCUUCUCGCCAGCAUUGUGAGAGUGAAAAGCUUUUAUUAUAUGAUACAGUCCAGAGUGAGCUUGAGGAGAAGAUAAGAAGGCUUGAGGAGGACAGGCACAGCAUCGACAUUACCUCAGAACUGUGGAACGAUGAGCUUCAGUCAAGAAAAAAGAGGAAGGAUCCUUUCAGCCCUGACAAGAAGAAGCCAGUCGUUGUCUCAGGUCCAUAUAUAGUUUAUAUGCUGCAGGAUCUCGAUAUUCUUGAGGACUGGACGACAAUUAGGAAGGCAAUGGCUACAUUGGGUCCACACCGAGUUAAAACAGAACCGCCUGUGAAACUGGAAAAACAUCUGCACAGUGCCAGGUCUGAAGAGGGAAGACUGUAUUACGAUGGUGAAUGGUAUAUACGUGGACAAACGAUAUGUAUUGAUAAAAAAGAUGAGUGUCCCACAAGUGCUGUAAUUACAACAAUUAACCAUGAUGAAGUUUGGUUUAAGAGGCCUGAUGGAAGCAAAUCUAAGCUUUACAUUUCACAGCUACAGAAAGGAAAAUACUCAAUUAAACAUUCGUAAUCACGAUCUAAGUGUUACCCACAUUAGUGUUGCCAAGUGUAAUGUGCCAUGGAAGCCAAGAAAAUGUAUUCAGCAGCUUAAUAUUUUCAUCCAGUCGUGAGAGAAUGUGUCUUCUAGGCAGUACUCUAAGUAGACCCCGCAUCAGUAAGUCAUUAAGAGAAAUCGUGAUGAAUUCUAAUCAUGACCAUCGCGUUUAUUUGCCUCGUAGGUCCCGUGCCAACAGGUCUGUUUGGUAUGUAUUUCUUUCUCAGUGUCAUUUCAUUCUGUGUCUUACUCAUGUGAGUGUGUCUCACCUCUAAUGAACUACAGUGCAGUUGUCUGCAGUUUUAAAUCCCCACCAUUACCACCCGUUGUGUUUGUACAUAAGACUGAUGAAAUGUUUCCUAGGAAUGAUUUGUACUAGUGCAUUAGUUUCAAUCACAACUGAUAUUUAUACCUAAGUGUGUGAGUGUGUAUAUACAGCGUCCCCAGCAUUCUUAGAACUGGUGGCCUACCUGUACAAUCUCAUUUUACCCCAAAUUAAACUGUUGGGUUUUCGAAGAAAAGGGAGCACUUUCCUAGACUGCUUUUCCCUCUCUUCUUCCUGGAUGGCGGUGACCUCUUUUGCAGAUCAUAUUUGGUGUUUAUUAGUAGCAGUGUGUCAAGUGUGACCAUGUUGCUACCUGUGUUUCUUCUGAGCUUUUAGAGGGCAGGUAUCCUGCCUGGUGUUUAUGAUGCACAGUGUCAGAGUGACAAGUGGCUGGCAGUAUUGUCGUGCUUUCUGCACAUCUGAAAUUUCGAAGAUUUUACUAAGCAUUUUCCAGAGGCAAAACUAGAUCCUUAUUCUGAUUUUAUUGCUAGAGUGGAAUACAUAUAGAUACAUACCUUAACUCUACCAUCCCCCAAAUUAGCUUUUUUUUUCUUUAAGUGUUUUUAACACUUUAAGGCCAUUUGGUGCAAUUUAGAAAAUGUUGGCCUCCCUUCCCUUAGCCAUAUUCAAAAUGAACUUGGAAACCUCUGGAACUGUGCAGAAAACCGGAGCCUUCGCCUGGCUGCGCAGUUGGCUACAGUGUGUAUGCAGGGUACAGGCAAAUGAAGUACUCUGCUGGUCUCAUGCACUUUAAUUUCUGUUACAAUGUAUUUAAGAGGAUGAGGAAGACUCACUUAACACUCCUCAAAGGAGUCUCUGCAUGGUUCCGUUACUUCCUUAUGAUUUUACCUCUGCAGCUAUUCCCUGCAGGUUACUACUCCACAGUUGCCAAAUUGUACCUGUCUGACUUUUGAAGUUCAGUAUCAACAACAUUGUGCUGCUCUGUUCUGUUUCUGAUCACCGUUAGCGGCUGUGCAGACUGUCCCAACCCAGUAGCAUUUGGCAGUGCUUAUAAAUAUAUAUAUAUAUGAUGUUUGAUAAGCAUUUUUAAUGAGAUUUGUAUUUUUAAAUUUAGUAUGUAAUAAACAGAAGUGUUUGAACG